AUGGCUUGUGCACACUGCAGCGCUUUGGAGUUGCUGGGUGUGACGGGAUGUCAACUUGCUACUAAUGCUGUUUCUGCAGUGACCUACAGGCAGAGAGGAGGCAAAAUUCGUGGGGAGACAGACGAUUGGAGUUCAGAGGAAGCUUCUCCACAUGUAGCAAUUCACUUUGAAAACAGGAAAAUAAAGGUGCAUUUGAACUUCUUACUGUUUCUCCAUCGGCUAGCAGAAGAAGCCAGGACAAAUGCUUUUGAGAGCAAAAGUAAAAUAAUUAAACCUGAGCACACUAUAGCUGCAGCAAAGGUUAUUUUAAAGAAAAGCAGAGGCUAG